AAAAAAACAAAAAACGCUUACCUUAGCGUGUUUAUUUGUUUGACCCGCUGGAUGAAUAUCUUUCUUCUCUUUCUCUUAUGUGUUCUCAUUACAAUUCAUGAAACACGCUCUCUUCUUUCCCAUCAUCACUAUUUCUGAUUCUCUCUCUCCCUUGGUCUAGUCUUCCUUUGUUAUGCCUUGCCCUUUCCUUCGGGCAAAGUGGUGUUUCCAUGUUGUUUCUGAGUUUACUUCCUCAAUAUCCCAGGUGGGAGGAUAUGUGUGUGUUCUUAUGAAGGUUGCAGUGCUAAGGAGUCUAUAGAUUUUAUGCUGCAGCUUCAUUAGAUACCAAUUUUGGUGAAUUUUUCUUGAUAACUUGUUCUUGGAUUUUUGUUUUGUGGUGUUGAUGAAGAUGGCUAUGGGUGGCCUAAUUUCCGGUGCUGGUGUUAUUAUUGUUAGUUUCUUUCUGCUGAUUCUCUGUGGCAUGGUUUGUGGGACUGAGAGUGAUUUAUUCUGCUUGAAAAGUGUAAAGAGUGCACUUGAGGACCCCUACAAUUAUUUGCAAUCUUGGAAUUUCAAUAACAAUACCGAAGGGUAUAUAUGCAAGUUUAUUGGGGUUGAGUGUUGGCACCCUGAUGAGAACAAGGUCUUGAAUCUCAAACUUUCCAACAUGGGACUCAAGGGCCCGUUCCCUCGCGGCAUUCAGAAUUGCACAAGCAUGACAGGAUUAGAUUUUUCGCUUAACAGACUCUCUAAAACCAUUCCGGCUGAUAUAUCCACACUUCUUACAUUUGUGACAACUCUUGAUCUAUCUUCAAAUGAUUUUACUGGGGAGAUACCUGCAUCCCUUUCAAAUUGUACCUAUCUUAAUACUCUUAGACUUGACCAAAACCAACUCACCGGUCACAUUCCUGCAAACUUGAGUCAGCUCCCGCGGCUUAAGUUGUUUAGUGUUGCCAAUAAUCUUUUGACAGGGCCAGUUCCACCCUUUAAACCUGGUGUAGCUGGUGCAGAUAAUUAUGCAAAUAAUUCAGGCCUGUGUGGUAAUCCCUUGGGUACUUGCCAGGUCGGGUCUUCAAAGAGUAACACUGCUGUUAUAGCUGGAGCAGCUGUUGGUGGUGUGACUGUUGCAGCAUUAGGUUUGGGCAUUGGAAUGUUCUUCUACGUGCGCCGUAUUUCUUAUAGGAAGAAGGAAGAGGACCCUGAAGGAAACAAGUGGGCAAGAAGUCUAAAGGGAACUAAAAAAAUAAAGGUUUCUAUGUUUGAGAAGUCAAUUUCAAAAAUGAACUUGAAUGAUCUCAUGAAGGCUACUGAUAACUUCAGCAAAAGCAAUAUUAUUGGGACUGGAAGAUCAGGAAUUGUUUACAAAGCUGUCCUUCAUGAUGGCACAUCACUCAUGGUCAAGAGAUUGCAGGAAUCUCAAUAUUCAGAGAAAGAAUUUCUGUCUGAGAUGAAUAUACUAGGGUCUGUCAAACAUCGUAACUUGGUUCCUCUUUUAGGUUUUUGUGUGGCUAAAAAGGAGAGGCUUUUGGUCUAUAAAAAUAUGCCAAAUGGUACCCUCCAUGAUCAACUACAUCCUGAUGCUGGUGCAUGCACCAUGGAUUGGCCUCUAAGGCUCAAAAUUGCAAUUGGAGCGGCCAAAGGAUUAGCAUGGCUUCAUCAUAGCUGCAAUCCCCGCAUUAUCCACCGAAACAUAAGCUCUAAGUGCAUCUUGUUGGAUGCUGAUUUUGAGCCCACAAUUUCUGAUUUUGGCCUUGCUAGAUUGAUGAACCCGAUUGAUACACAUUUGAGUACUUUUGUGAAUGGGGAGUUUGGGGAUUUAGGUUAUGUUGCUCCUGAAUAUACAAAAACUUUGGUGGCUACUCCUAAAGGGGAUAUUUAUAGCUUCGGGACCGUGCUUCUUGAAUUGGUGACAGGUGAAAGACCUACCCAUGUGGCUAAAGCUCCAGAAACUUUUAAAGGAAAUUUGGUAGAGUGGAUUCAACAGCAAUCUAGCAAUGCAAAACUCCAUGAAGUCAUUGAUGAAUCACUAGUUGGGAAGGGUGUAGACCAGGAGCUUUUCCAAUUUCUGAAGGUUGCAAGCAACUGUGUUACAGCAAUGCCAAAGGAGAGGCCUACCAUGUUUGAAGUAUACCAGUUUCUAAAAGCCAUUGGGAUUAAUUACAAUUUCACAAUUGAGGAUGAGAUCAUGCUCCCUAUAGACACUGGUGAUGCUGAUAACUUAGAAGAACUUAUUGUAGCUCGAGAGGGACAUAAUUGAAAAGGUAUGCGAGAUAUAAUUAGGGCAUGUAAUCAAUUUUAAUAUGUAAGUAUCUCUUGCCUUGUGGUCCUAAAAUAAAUGUUAGUGCUAUAUAUAGGUUUUAUGGUCCAGAUCCAUUUGUGUGCUAUCAAUAUUGAAACAUCAAUUUAAUAUCAUCAACCAUGAAUGCCCAUUAUAUAUAGGUGACUUGGUUAUAAUCCCUAUUUUGCUCUAAUUUCCUUGUUCUCUCCCUUGAAUGUUGAUAUGUUGGUGGAUUUUCUUUCCCUUUUAA